AUGUCCAUAUAUCUUCUUGGUCUUACUUUGAUCAUGUUUUACUUAUCAAGGGCAGUUGCACAAGAGGAACAAAAUAGCCUCCAAACUUACAUUGUUUUUCUUGAAAAGCCGGCCUCCUCGAAAUUUUCUGUGGAAUCAAAUUUAGACAGUUGGUAUCAGUCAUUUUUGCCUGAAACUACUGCAAACUUAAACCAGCAAAGGAUCGUUCAUGCAUACCGUAGUGUGGUCACUGGAUUUGCUGCUAAACUGACACCAGAGGAAGUGAAAGCAAUGGAAAACAAAGAAGGGUUUUUGUCGGCUCAUCUCGAGAAAACGGUUCCUUUGCUAACUACUCAUAGUCCUGACUUCUUGGGGUUACACCAAGGAUACGGACUAUGGAAACAAGCAAAUUACGGUGAAGGUUUGAUAAUAGGACUCUUGGAUACAGGCAUUGGACCCGAUCAUCCUUCAUUCAGUGAUGAAGGAGUAUCCCCGCCUCCAGCUACAUGGAAAGGCAAGUGCGACUUCAAUGGAACGGUGUGCAACAACAAGCUCAUUGGUGCACAAAAUUUCGUUGGUGCAGAAGAAGGGAAUAUUACAGGAAAUCCAUUUGAUCUCGUUGGCCAUGGCACCCACACUUCUAGCACCGCUGCUGGAAAUUUUGUGGAAGGUGCCAGCGUGUUUGGAGAGGCCAAUGGCACGGCUGUUGGCAUGGCACCUUAUGCUCACUUGGCAAUGUACAAAGUCUGUUAUGGGAUUGGUUGUAGGUAUGGCGACAUCCUAGCUGGUCUUGAUGCCGCUGUUGAAGAUGGCUUGGACGUGCUUUCCCUUUCACUUGGAGGCCCCUCACUUCCUUUCUACGAUGAUGUCAUUGCAAUUGGUGCAUUUGCAGCAAUUAAAAAAGGAAUAUUUUUCAGCUGUGCAGCUGGAAAUUCUGGUCCCUAUUAUGAGUCUUUAUCAAAUGAGGCACCAUGGAUUUUCACAGUCGGAGCAAGUACCACUGACAGAAUACUAAAAUCACAAGAUGAGAAACUCAACACCUAUGGCAUAAUCGGAGAUGCACUUGCUCCCAAGGUAGCUUCCUUUUCGUCAAGAGGACCAAGCCUUUCAAGCCCUGGAAUUCUGAAACCUGACAUCAUUGGACCCGGCGUUGAAAUCCUAGCAGCAUGGCCUGAAUCAGUAGACAAUGCCACACUUCCUAAUCCUAAGGCAACAUUUAACAUAAUUUCUGGUACCUCAAUGGCAACUCCUCACCUAAGUGGCAUUGCAGCUUUGAUCAAGAAAUCACACCCUGACUGGUCUCCAGCUGCAAUCAAAUCUGCCAUCAUGACAACCGCUGAUGUACAAAAUCUUGCAGGCACACCGAUCGUGGAUCAAGAUCUUACACCUGCGGACGUUUUCGCAAUUGGUGGAGGCCAUGUCAACCCUGCAAAGGCAAAUGAUCCGGGUCUUAUCUUCGACAUAAAACCUGAGGAUUACUUUCCUUACUUGUGUGGAUUGAAUUACAAUGAGACAGAAAUAAAGAUCAUCACACAACAAACAGUGAAAUGCUCUGAAGUCGGGGUCAUACUAGAAGCACAGCUCAAUUACCCUUCAUUUUCUAUUAAAGCAGGCCCGAACCACACUCAGUCUCAGUAUUAUACACGGACUGUGAAGAACGUUGGCCCAGCUACGUCAACUUACAACUUGGAUCUUUUAGUACCACAUCAAAUGGGAAUGAGUGUGAAUCCUCAGGUGCUUACAUUCACAGAGGUUAACCAGGAGAUUACAUACCAUGUUGAAUUUAUCGCACAAGAUGGUGCUGGGAAGGAUGGUGUUCCAUACGGUCAAGGGUACUUGAGGUGGUUUUCUGAUAAGCAUAAUGUUACUACCCCUAUAGCUAUCAUCUUUGACACCCCGCAAGAUUAA